AUGCCUGUGUCCGGAUCUCUUAGCAACGUGGACUGGGAACCAAGCUUCUCCACGCUUGCAGUUCACGGCGGCCAAGAGCCCGACCCAGUCAACGGCUCCCGAGCUGUGCCUCUGUACCAAACAGCCGCCUACAACUUUACAGAUGCCGCAGAUGGCGCCAGCAAGUUCGCAUGGAGCAAAGAUGGCUACGUCUACACGCGUAUGGGCAAUCCGACCAACAGUGUCUUCGAGACGCGCAUGGCGAUGCUCGAGGGCGGCGUAGGUGCGGUAGCCGCGGCGUCAGGCCACGCUGCGCAGUUCAUGGCCCUGACCAACUGCUGCGAGCCUGGCCAGAACUUUGUGAGCACCAGCUGGCUGUACGGUGGCACGUACAACCAGUUCCGCGUGUACAUGAAGAAGUUCAAAAUCGACGUCAAGUGGGUCGUCGGCAACGAGCCCGCCGACAUUGACGCCGCCAUUGACGAGAACACGCGAUGCGUCUACAUUGAGACGAUCAGCAACCCGAAGCACAGCGUCCCGGAUAUCUAG